UUUGAAUUCACCGUGAAGUCGCCGUCAGUGACGUGGUACUUAAAGAAAGCAGCGGGAAUCGAAUCGGGUAGUAGCCGACCGGGACAUGUGGUGGCAUCGACAGUGACAUUGAAACAUGUAUAUGAGAUAGCGAAGGUUUUUAUACAGUCAGCGGAAUUCCCUUUUCAUCACCUCUUGUAUUUGUUAAGAAGAAUGGUAAUUCCUUGACACCUCAUGUUAAUCAAUCAGCAGCAGUCUAUUAGAAUACAUGAUCAUGUUUGCUCUGUUCUUCUGCAAGAAGAUAUAAACGAUUUUGGGAAUAUUGCUAUGGCGGCUCUUUCAGGAACAUUUCACAACAUUUAGAUGGAUCUAGAUUGAUUCUAAAGAGAUAUAUCAGUAACGAAUAUCUAAAUUGAUCCAUUCAUACAAUAAAUAAAAUAAGCAGAAGAUAAGAUCCUUAAGUAAGAAAUUUUCAUUUCAACUGAAUAUGUUCAAUAGUAUAUAAUUCCAACUCUUCAGGGUUAUGAAGGCCAAAGAAAAGGGGCUUGCUUUUACCAUCAAGAUUGUCAAAAAAAAUGCCAUGAAAUAGAUAGAAUGCACUAAAAAUUAAUAAUAUGGUUUGCUUUGGAAGAAAAAUCAAUAACUGCUUAUUCUAUGUAAACCAAUCAACCUUCUUCUUUAAGCCCAAAACACAUACUCAAGUAGAAGGUUCUACUAACUUAAGAUUAUGCUUGGUGCUGCAAUUUUGACAUUAUAACAAAGCAGAACAAAAGCAGUGUCAAAACCGUUAGUAACUUGCUGCUCCAAUCAAUGCCCAAGCUCUUUCCUCCUUUAAAACUCAAAGCAACUGCUUCUAAAUUACUUGACAUUUUCCAGUUCAGGCGCUAUUCAUCAUCGUCAACACCAUCUCUUUCUGUUCCAUCUCAUCAACACAUUGCCCAUUUAAUUUUAGACCAAAAUUCAGCAACCAAAGCUCUCCAAACUUUCAAAUGGGCUUCAAACCUCCCCAAGUUCACUCACUCCCAGUCCACCUACCGAGCUUUAAUACAAAAGCUUUGUGCUUUCCAUCGUUUCGACACUGUAUACCAACUGCUUGAUGAAAUGCCCCACGCAAUUGGCUCUCCACCAGAUGAGGAAAUUUUCCUAACUGUCAUUCGUGGUCUGGGUCGAGCUCGAAUGAUCCCACAUGUUAUCAAAGUUCUUGACUUGAUUUCUAAGUUUGGCAAGAACCCAUCUUUGAAAAUUUUUAACUCAAUUCUUGAUGUUCUUGUUAAGGUAGAUAUUGAUGUUGCUAGAGAGUUCUAUAGAAAGCAAAUGAUGGGGAGUGGUGUUCAAGGUGAUGAUUAUACUUUUGCGAUUUUAAUGAAAGGUCUUUGCCUGACUAAUAGAAUUGGAGAUGGGUUUAGGUUAUUACAGGUUAUGAAAUCUAGAGGUGUAAAGCCCAAUGCUGUUGUUUAUAAUACUCUUCUUCAUGCAUUAUGCAAGAAUGGGAAAGUUGGUAGAGCAAGGAGUUUGAUGGAUGAGAUAGAAGAGCCUAAUGAUGUGACUUUCAAUGUUUUGAUAGCUGCUUACUGUAAAGAAGAAAAUUUAGUUCAAGCUCUUGUCUUGCUAGAGAAAAGUUUCAGUUUAGGAUUUGUGCCUGAUGUUGUUACAAUGACUAAGGUGGUGGAAAUUCUUUGCAAUGCGGGCCGUGUAACUGAGGCCGUUGAGAUGUUAGAGAGAGUAGAGUGUAAGGGUGGUUUAGUGGAUGUUGUGGCUUAUAACACCUUGUUAAGGGGAUUUUGUAGAUUAGGAAAAAUAAAAGUUGCCCAUCGUUUCUUGAAAGAGAUGGAGAGAAAGGGAUGUCUUCCUAAUGUAGAGACUUACAAUAUAUUGAUCUCUGGUUUCUGUGAUUCUGGGAUGUUUGACAUGGCACUUGAUAUGUUUAAUGAUAUGAAAACAGAUGGGAUCAGUUGGAAUUUCGAUACUUAUGAUACAUUAAUCAAGGGUCUGUUUUUUGGGGGGAGGAUAGAAGAAGGGCUUAAGAUCCUGGAACUGAUGGAGGAAUCUAAAGGAGGUUCUGGUGGUAGGAUUAGUCCAUAUAAUAGUGUUCUAUAUGGCCUAUAUAAGAAAAAUAUGUGGGAUGAAGCACUUGAAUUUUUAAUGAAGAUGGAAAAAUUAUUUCCUAGAGCUGUUGAUAGGAGCUUGAGAAUAUUAGGCUUCUGUGAGAAGGGUGCUGUCAAGAAUGCAAAGAUGGUUUUCGAUCAGAUGAUUAAUGAAGGUGGAACUCCAAACAUUCUCGUUUAUGACUGCUUAGUGCAUGGAUUUUGUCAGGAAGGGAAUCUGCGCGAAGCAUUUGAGCUGAUGAAUGAAAUGGUUGGUCAUGGUUACUUUCUUGUUGCAUCUGGAUUUAAUGCUCUUAUUCAUGGAUUCUGUGGGCAGGGAAAAGAUGAGAGUGCUUUGAAACUCCUUGAUGACAUGGUUGGGAGAGGUUGCGUGCCUGAUAGAGGAACUUAUAGUCCUCUAAUUGAUGCUCUUUGUAGAAAGGGGAACUUUCAGAAGGCUUUAAGCAUCUUCAACCAAAUGAUAGAGAAAGACUAGAGAAGGGAUAAGGUGUUGUUUUCCAAUUUGCGGCAAAGGCAUUGGUCAGGCAUGGAGGGUGAUGGGUAACACAAGACAACACAACAAUUAUGGGAAAGCUAACAUUUUUCAUGAAUGCACCUCGACUCAGUUUGCCCUGUUAUUUUCAAUUUUCAAGAUAGGUGAGUUAGACGAGUGGGAAAGACCCCUACAUCCACUAGAGAUGACGACAUGGGAAAGUGGGAAUUUUAAUUAUUAUUUAUAGCAAUCACUAGACUUCUGCUCUUGAUUUCAA